GGCGAGGUGGGGGUUUAAGGGCAUAUUCCCUCACAAUCAUAUUCUAUCUGGAAAUUUAUCAUUCUCUGGCUAUCAAAAACCUGAAAAGCGUAAGCAUAAAGAGAUGGCAGUUUGUUCUGUUUAUCCAUUAAACCCUAAUCUCCUCUCUCACUCUCUUGCUCUUUCUCUUUCCCAUCAUUCUCAUGCUUACUUGAGUGUAGAAUCAGUGAGCAGAAUAAGAAGAAAAGGCAGAAAAGGCAGUAUGACUGUUAGGGUUUUAUCCACCCAUUCAAAUGCUAAGAUUCUCAACCCAAAACGAAAAUCACGCUACGGCCACACCUUCAGUCUCUACGAUACUGAUAUCGGUCUCGAUGAUUGGUUGCUGGAUGAUGAAUUUGCAGACCCUGUGGAUUUUGAAGUCGAUGGAAAGAAAAGAGUUAAUUCACAGAAGAAAACAAGUACCAGAGAAGGUGGCCAGAGAUUAUUCAAUUCGAGAACUAGCAAGAACACUCGGGAAAAGAGUAUGGUUGGAAACUUCUAUGGUACUAAAAAUAGAACAAAAGAAACUGAUUCCUCUGACAUUAAUGGACAAGGAAAGCUAAUGACAGGGAAAUCUACUGAGGACAGAUAUCCAAAGCUAUCUGAAGAAAUAGAUUUAGAUGAAAAGUGGCUACCCCUUUUGGAUUACCUAAGCACGUUUGGGCUCAAGGAAUCACACUUUAUCCAAAUCUAUGAGAGGCACAUGCCAUCACUCCAAAUAAAUGUAUGUUCGGCACGAGAGAGGUUGGAGUACCUGCAGAGUAUUGGCGUCAAACACAGAGAUAUAAAAAGAAUACUUUUGAGGCAACCGCAAAUCCUAGAAUACACAGUGGAGAGUAAUUUGAAGUCUCAUACUGCGUUCUUGAUUGGUUUAGGUAUUCCAAAUUCCAGAAUAGGGCAGAUAAUUGCUGCUGCUCCAUCUCUAUUUUCUUAUAGUGUUGAGAAUUCUCUAAAACCCACAGUUAGAUAUUUGGUUGAGGAGGUUGGAAUUGAUGAAAAAAAUAUAGGAAAAGUUGUGCAGCUGAGCCCUCAAAUCCUGGUUCAGCGGAUUGAUGUAUCAUGGAAUACUCGCUAUCUUUUUCUAUCCAGGGAGCUGGGAGCAUCCAGGGAUAGCGUAGUAAAGAUGGUAACAAAACAUCCUCAGCUCCUUCAUUACAGCAUUGAUGAUGGAUUUAUCCCAAGGAUCAAUUUCCUGAGGAGUAUCGGAAUGCAUAAUGGUGACAUCUUGAAAGUCUUGACCAGCCUUACACAGGUAUUAUCUCUGUCACUGGAAGACAAUCUAAAGCCAAAGUACAAGUAUUUGAUCAAUGAACUUCGUAAUGAGGUGCAAUCCUUGACCAAAUACCCUACGUACUUAAGCUUGUCUUUAGACCAGAGAAUUCGCCCUCGCCAUAGGUUCUUGGUUGCCUUAAAGAAAGCUCCGAAGGGGCCGUUUCCUCUUAGUUCAUUUGUUCCAACUGAUGAAAGCUUUUGUCAGCAGUGGGCUGGAACUAGUGUAGAUAAAUAUUUGGCUUUUCGGCAACAAUUGCUACUAAAAGAGUUCGCUAAGAAAUAUGAAAAACGAGGGUAAUUUUUUGUCGUCAAGCUGCUUCAAUGUUGUUUCUAACACAAGUAAAGGAGUGAGGUCUGUCUAUGAAUUAAAGCAACCUGCAAGAUUGGUUUCUGAAGGCUAGUGAGGACAUUUUGGGGCGAAGGUUUGGUUUGAUGGCAUUGUAAUUUGACCAAUAUCAGAUUCAGAGCACCCUUUUUGAUGUUAGAGCUCUAAAAGGCACGUGAGGGUACGAUCAGACCUGCUAGUAAUUGUGAAGGAAAAAGAGAUCAAGGAGAUGUCUAUAAAGUUAGUGUGCCGUGAUGAUACAUUGUGUCUGAAUCUUAUGACUCCAGAAAAUAGUAUUUGCAAGGUCUAUGCUAAUGUCAGACAUCAAGAGGGGGAAUUUUGAAUGGGGCGUGUACUCACCGGAAUUUUUUGUUAUUCUUAUACCUUUUGUUAUUCUUUGUUUUUUUCCCAUCCCAUGGACAUAUCAGGCCUCCACGCCUACACCUAGGAUAAACUACUCUAGAGUUGCCUGUGCAGCUUCAAGAAUCAGUACUGAGAGUAGCUGCUGCUUGUAACAUAUAAAAAAAUAGAGAUAAAAAGACUAAUUGAUUUGCUCAAUGAUUUGGAUUUGACAUUUUAUGCA